CGCUACGGUCACGUACGAAACGGCAAUAGCACGAAAGCACGAGUUUGUUUCGGUGCGAGAAUUUCCCAUCGUGCGAUGUGGAGGACGAUGCUCGUGCAUGUACAUACCCGUACCUAUCGAACUCUUCGCCAAGGGAGAAUUUUGGUCGUCGCCCACGCACGACACGGAUAGCAACAAGCCACGGAUUCGAGGAACAACCCCGGCGGAAAGAGGUGGACCGAAGGAGACGGAGCCGGGGAGAUUGCCAGAGACACAUCGUCUAGUGUCCAUCGGUCAACACAAGACUACCAGCCGUUUCGUGCCGCUUGGAUCCAUCGCGCCCAAAAUCCCAGCCCAACACCAGCCCUAACGCCAUGACCACCGACGGGGAGCCUCCCCCUUCCGCGGAACCCGGCGAGGCGCCGCCAGAGGCGGCAGCAGCAGCAACCGCAGCAGCGAAAGGAAUCUCCCCCCGGCGGGAGCUGGCCCGGAACACCAGGCCCAUCCCCUGCUACAGGGUGGACCAGCUCCCCCCCCGGUUCGGCUCGGACGACCUCUACGAGCGCAUCCUGCCCACCGCCGUGGAGACCGGCUCCGCCGUUCUGGUCGAGCGCUUCUCCAUCCCCCCGCGGUCGGCCCUGUCGUGGAGGGUCCCUUCCGGCCACCUGUGGCGGAUCGUCUGCACCCACGGCCCGCAGGUGGCCGACAUGAACUGCUGGGCGGAAGAACGGCCUCUCGGGAAUCGCGAGCGCGAGCGCUUUUAUUCGAGCAAGACGCGGCAGAUCCACGCGACCCACCUGUCCACCGGCGACCGACUGUGGUCCUCCUUCCCAUACCUGCGGCCGAUGGCGACCAUCACCCACGAGACGAUCCAGUACGGCUUUGACGACGACGGGGCGGGGGUCCACGACGUCAUCGGGAGCCGCUGCGAUCCCUACACGCACCACUACAUGACCUGCAAGGAGGUCGGCAGGGGCAGGGGCAGCGAUUCCACAACCCCCGUAAACACCAAGACCGAGUGGUUCAACUGCACCUGCCACUCCAACCUGACCCGGCGGGCAAUUGCCGACGGCCUGAAAGAGUCCGACGUCCACGACGUCCUCAACGUCUUUAUGUGCACCGGCUUUACCAGGGACACCCACCAGUACUUUACCAAGCCGAGCCCGGUCGACGUGGGGGACUACAUCGAGUUCCUGGCGGAGAUCGACCUGCUGGUCAGCGCGUCGACCUGCCCCCAGGGGGACGUCAGCAUUGCCUGCGGGGAAACCGCCGAGCCGGUGUGCUACCCGCUCGGGGUCGAGGUCUACCGGCUGAAGGAUUCCGGCCUCCUGGAGGCCGAGGGGUGGAGGCCCAGCCCCGUCAGCGGCUAUGGGGGCAACCACGGGCUGUAACGCCAACCGUGCACCAACCACGGGCCGCAGCGCAGCGCAGCGAGCAACGAUUCGGAAGGGGUGGUGGUGGCCUGGCUUGCCGGCCAACGAGGGGACGCAUGCCAACCGGCGUGGUAGUCCGUGGCAACGGAAGGCUACCAAUGAUGCAGAGAAAUCCGGACCACGGAGUGAUUCGACACGAACGCUCAAAGACGCACGACCGGAAGCCUGCCUCGCCGUGCGGAAAGGACCGGCAACUAGCUACUAGCAGUAAUAGUAAGAAACAAAAAAAAAACAC